AUGCAGAGAUGCCAGGGAAAAAGGCCUUCCAUGAGCUCCAAAUUCGGGAAGCCAAAGCUUGCAACGCCAAAUGAUUUCUUCUUUUCGGGGCUUCGUGUUCCAGGGAAUACAUCAAACAAACUUGGGUCGAUGGAAAACUUGGGCGUUACACUUGGCGUUUCCCGCGCUCGGGUUGACUAUGUGCCAUACGGUCUCAACCUUCCCCACACCCACCCGCGUACCACAGAGAUCCUCACUGUCUUGGAGGGCACACUUUAUGUGGGCUUUGUCACCUCUAACCCUGACAACCGCCUCAUCUCCAAGGUCCUUUACAAAGGAGACGUUUUCGUCUUCCCACAAGGUCUCAUUCACUUCCAGCUCAAUGUGGGAAAAACAAACGCAGUGGCCAUUGCUUCAUUGAGUAGCCAGAACCCAGGCGUGAUCACCAUUGCAAAUGCAGUGUUUGGAUCAAAGCCAGCAAUAUCAGCUGACGUUCUCACGAAGGCCUUCCAAGUGGACAAGAAUGUGGUUAACUAUCUUCAAUCUCAGUUCUGGACUGACAACCACACCUACUAG